AUGAACAUGAACCUAAGCGGACAUGGCUUCACCCGGCAGCAGUUGCGCCAGGGCGGCGGACGGGGUACCGGCAACGACCACGUCGAAGACCUCUACGGCUGCACCGAGCUUUACGUUUACCAGACUCCUAAUCGGAAGGUAACCGGCUUUGAGUCCCUGAAGAUGUUCCUCGAGUCCGAGGGCUGCGAGAUUAUUUUCACCGCCGACACGCCGCCGGAGCUAAACGGCUACGAGACCAUGCGCAUUACGCAACGGCAGGGCGAAGCCAUCCCCCCGGCUGUGGUCAAGCGCACUCAUUCGUGGGCCCACCAGCGCAAUUUCCUGCAUAGCUUCUUCAAGCCCAUGUACCGCUAG